AUGUCGAAAGAUGAUGAAAACCCGGCUGCUGCAGACAAGGCAAACGCACUAGGUGCUGGACAAGAGCCGGUCCGGGAGGACGCAGCAUGUCAGCUAGCCUUUGCAAUGGAGGAGUCUCAGAAGGGCUACAGCCCCUCGGAGAAUGCCCCUGCAGCCGAGCAGACGCCAGGCAAGGAGGGCAUCAGGGGCCUCAAGAAGGCUGAGCAGGCCCUCAAGAGAUGCUCACCCCUCACUGUGUAUGCAUUGAGGAGGCUGGCAAGGGGGUUGGGAUCCAGCCAUGACGCAGCACGGCAGGGGUUUGCACUUGCGCUGGCGGCUGCACUCGCACGCGUGCCGGAGAUCGAGAGCCUGCCAGCACUGGACCUGCUGGACGCUGCUCUGGAAGUGUCAAAGUCCAUGAAGGGGGCGGAUGCCAGGGAGGGGCUACUGGGCAGGAUAUUCGGCUACGCGGCGUUUUCACAGGCCGGCCGAGCGGCCGACGCGGCAGUGGCGGAUCGGCUAGUCACCUCGCUGGUAGCCGUGAUGGGCCGCAAAGCAUUUCUGCGCGAGGCGGGUGCAAAUGCGCUGCUCGCGUGCGCAGAGGCCCUGCCCGAGCCUGUUUUGGCGCGCCUGCUGGAGUCCAAUGAGGCCCUGCGCGGGCUGCUGCUGCUGUGGGCGCGCAUGCCGGCCGCUGUCCGGGGGGAAUGCUCGAUUCUACCUCAGCAGUCGCCGCCGCCGCCGCGCACUUUUUUCACGGCCGCGCCGGCCGCGGCCCCGGCGCCGGUGGCCGCCUCGGCGGCGUUUUUCACCGGCCGGCACCUGCAGGCGCUAUCGGAGGCGCUGGUGACAUCGUCGCUGAGUCACCCCCGGAUACACUCGCUGUGGUUCAGCCUCUUCGCACUGCUGCUGCCCGGUUUCACCCCCACCAAGGUUGAGGGUGGUCCAAAGGAGAGGGGCGUGCCCAGCGCUGCAGAGGUGGGCGCCCUGUGGGGCUGGGUGGAGGGCCACCUCUUCACAAACUCCCACGAGCGCAAGUACCUCGCCUUCCAGCUCUUCGGCCUCAUCCUGCCCUCCCUCCGGGCGGAGCAUGUGCCGCUAGUGUUCACGCCGCGCUUCCUGCGCACGCUCGUCAACAGCUUUGGCCACUCCGACGCGCACCUGCAUGCAGCCGCCAAGCGCCUGCUGGAACAGGUGGCAAAGCACGCUGAGUCAGCAGCUGACAGGGAUGUCCGGGUGGCGAUCGCGGUGGCUCUGCAGCGCCAGCGUGGCGGCGGCUUUGACCGCCUCACCAAGACCAAGUUCGCCGCCAAGCUGCUGCAGGGUUUGGACGAGGAGGGUGUGUGCGCGUACGUGGCCCACCUGCAGGAGGCGUUCCUGGCCCCUGCCAACGCCAAAUCAGGCGCUGCAGCGGUUCAAAACGGUACGCAUGCAGACAGCAGCAGCGAAGAUGACAGCGAGGAUGAAGAUGAGGCGGAGGAGGAAGCCAGCCCAGAGGACGCUGGCAGGAGGCAUGUACCUUACCUUCAGAAUUUCCUCUACUGGCAGUUUCUGAGAUUGUGGGCAGUGGAGCAGCUGAGUGGGGUGAUGUCCAUGUCCAAGGAGGCAGCCAGCGCCAGAACUGGCACGCUGCACUUCCUCGCCCUUCACGCAUUCUUCACCGUGGACGCAGCCUCUGUGAAGAAGAGUGAUGGGGAGGUGCUAAAGAAGGCGGCACAGUGCGACCCUCCUGUCAGCGCCGCAGUGCGUCAGCUGUGUGCGGCGCGCGUGGUGUCCGGUACGGACGCUGCCUGCAAAGCCGCCGCGACUGCGCAGCGACCCGCAGAGGGCAAACAGGCUUCUGAGAAAGAAGCAGCGGCAGAAAAGGAGGGCGCCGAAGAGGCAGGCCAGAAGCGCCGGGGCGUGGAGGAUGCCGCUCUGCGCGAUGUCACACAGUUCCUCGCCCAGAUGCAGGACACUAAGGGGGUGAGCCUCGCAGCAGAGUUGCCAGAGGAGCUCCUUGCGGCUGUGACAACGCUGCGCGCGCUGGCGGCCCGGGCCGAUAAGGCCGGACGCAAAGCCGACGCGGCUCCGGAGGCGGCCGCGCAGCAGCGCGCGUUUGCGGCGCUCGCCCGGUGGCUGCAGCUGUACCUGCUGGGGGACCCAGAGGGACUGGACGCUGACCUGGCGGAGGAGCUGACUGGGAUCCAUGCGGACGCCUUCGCCAAGCCCGGCAAGACAGGCAAGAAGAAGGGUGCGGAUGAGGAGGAGUCAGCGCCCUGGAUGGACCGUCUGAUGGACGUGCUGCUGAGCCUGCUGUCAGUGCCGGCCGCCACACUGCCGUCUGCUCCGCUGCGAGACGCUGUGGAGAGCCUGUUCCGCUCCUGCGCAGCCCACCUCACCUCGGCAGGCAUGGACGAUCUGCUGAGGGUGGUUGCGUUUUCAAACUCUGCAGCAGAUGGCAUCUUUGAGGGAGAUGAGUCAGAAGAAGAGGAAGAGGAAGAAGCUGAGAGUGGCGAGGAGGGGAGCGAGGAUGAGUCAGAGGAUGACGAGGAUGAGUCAUCAGAAGAAGAGGAUGUGGGAACGGUGGACGGGGCAGCAGUUGGCACCGCUGCAGAGGCGAGCGGGCGGCCGGCUGCGGAUGCAAUGGAUGAGGAUGAGGCGAGCACGUCUGGCAGUGACAUGGACGACGAUGCCAUGGAGGAGUCAGGCAUGGAUGCCAAGAUUGCAGCGGUGCUGCGCGGCACUGCGGAUGCCAAGGCGACUGUGCAGAAGACCAAGGAGGCUGUAAUCCAGCUCAGGUUCAGGGUGAUAGCGCUGUUGGAGGCAUACGCGCGGAAGGCACCGGAAGCUGGGCUGCUGGCGCAGGCACUGCCGGUGCUGCUGAGGUCGCUGCACCACGCUCUGCGCGCUGGGCCAGCUCAGCAGGCACUUGCCGAGCGGCUGCGCGGCCUCGUCAACAACAAGCUCUGCAAGGCAAAGGCGUCAGGCACAGUGGAUGCAGAGGAUGCAGCGGCAGUUCUGAGGAAACUGCUGUCCCUGGCUUCGCGAGGAGAGGACAAGGCGCUCAGUCAGACGGCCUCCACUGCAUAUCUGUACGUCCUGCGCCACUCGCCAGCAGCUGAAGCGCACAAGGCUGUCAAGGACGCGCUGGCAGACUACUUGACCAAGAAGAAGACCCGGCUGAGCAGCAACACAGCAAAGGCUCUGCUGAGGGCCGCGCCCUCCCCAGACUAUAUCCAUGCGCUAAUCGGACACCACCAGAGCGCGCGCAAUGUCUUUCUCAAAAGCGAGGCCCUGCAGCUGCUGCUCAUCACCCUCAACCCGCCCAAGGAGCAGCAGGCAGCAGCGGCUGCCGCUGUCAGCGAGGAGCUGCCGGCGUUGACGAAACUGCUCAUCAGCGUGGUGGAGGGGCCGGCAGACAAGAAGCAGCGUGCGGCGGAGGCGCUCGGCUGCGCCUGCGGCGUUUUGGAGGCGGUGCGGCGGCUACUGCCAGAUCAGGACGUCCUGGCCGGCAGAUCAGCCGACCUGCAGAUGGCCGUUGCUGCCAAGGAGAGCGCCGUUGGAGCAAAGGGUGGCAAGGUGGGCAAACAGCUCAGGAGGCUGGCAGAUCUGCUGCAGAAGGGUGGAAAGGAGCAGCCUCAGAUGCAGAAGCAGGCAGCCAAGGGAGGGCCACAGGUCACAGCCAAAGCCAGCCCUGCAAAGAGGAAGGCCGCAGCAGAUGCAGGCAUAGAGAAGCCGGAGAAGGCAGACCCAGCGAAGAAGAAGAAGAAGGCAAAAGCAGUGAAAGAGUCUGCCUAG